GCAUGUGUUGGACGGGACACGGGAAGGCCAGUACUUCUCUCCCCGUUCCCGGCCUGGAUGCCACCCACAACGUUUUGAUCCGCCCCGAUCGCAACUCCGCACCGCGCUCCUGUUCUCAGAUACACACACUGUCAACUCAUAUCAAAAUAUACAUACAACCACCGCAGCAUGGGGAUGGUAGUAAACAGCAGUGCAGUCCCGUUCUCCAUCGCGCUGCUUGCCGUCGUCAUCGCGGCAGUAGUAAUCACCAAGGCUGCACUGGGACGACGACGACGACGACGAACAGCCGCAGCCAACAACCCAGCACCACCACCCCGCAACGACGUCGACACCGGCCGGCGGCGUCCCCCCGCGGCCAUCACCGGCGUCACCUCAGCCGUCCGACUCGUGCACGCGCUCGCCACCAAGGGUUUCGAAGCCACGCUGUACGAGCAGUACGCGAAGCUGGGGAGCGUGUUCACGGUGAGUCUCUUCGGGAUGAAGACGACGACGUUCCUGGCCGGGCCGGACGUCUCGGCGCACUUCUACCAGGGGCCCGACUCCGAGAUCAGCCACGGCGACCUCCUCGAGUUCACCGUCCCCAUGUUCGGCGAGGGCGUCGCCUUCGCCGUCGACGCCGCCACCCGCGCCGAGCAGCAUCGCUUCUACCUCGACGCGCUGAAGCCGGCCAGGCUAAGGUGCCAUGUCGCUCCCAUGCUCCAGGAAGUGGAGGAGUUCUUCGCGAGAUGGGGGCAGCAGGGCACCGUGGACCUGAAGCAGGAGCUGGAGCAGGUGCUGAUGCUGAUCACGGCGCGGUGCCUGCUGGGGAAAGAGGUGCGGGAGAGGAUGCUCCACGAGGUCUUCUCCGCGUACCGCGACCUCACGGAGAACAGCCUCCAUCUCACCAGCCUGCUGUUCCCGUACGCGCCCACGCCGGCGGCGCGGCGGCGCGACAGGGCGCGCGCCACGCUCUCCGGCAUCUUCUCCGAGAUCGUCCGCUCGCGCAGGCGCUCGGGCCGCCGAGCCGGGGACGACGACGGCGACGUGCUGCAGAGCCUCGUGGACGCCAGGUACAGGGACGGGCGCGGCACGACGGAGGCCGAGGUCACGGGGCUCGUCAUCGCCAUCCUCUUCGCCGGGAAGCACACGAGCUCGGCCACCAGCACGUGGACUGGCGCGCGGCUGCUGCGCCACGCGGAGUGCCUGGACGCCGCCGUCGACGAGCAGCGGAGGGUCGUGGCGGAGCGCGGGAGCGGCGUCGACUACGACGCCCUGGCGGAGAUGGGCUUCUUGCACUGCUGCAUCAAGGAGGCGCUGCGGAUGCACCCGACGGCGCCGCUGUUCCUCCGUAGGGCGCACCGGGGCUUCACCGUGCGGACGAGGGAGGGGGCCGAGUACGAUGUCCCGAGCGGGCAGACCGUGGCCAGCCCUCUGCUGAUCAACCACUACAUCCCCUACGUCUACAGGGACCCGCACGUGUACGACCCGCGGAGGUUCGGUCCGGGCAGGGAGGAGGACAGGGUCGGCGGGAGGUUCUGCUACAACGCGUUCAGCGGCGGGAGGCAUGCCUGCCCUGGAGAAGCGUAUGCGUACAUGCAGGUGAAGGUGAUAUGGAGCCACCUGCUGAGGAACUUCGAGCUCAAGCUGGUGUCGCCGUUCCCUCGGACCGAUUGGAUGAAGCUUUCGCCGGAGGCGAGAGGGAAGGUGGUGGUGAGCUACAAGAGGCGGAUGGUGCCGGUUGGGAGCGUGUUGGAGAACUGAUGUCUCUGAUGGUUACUUUUGUAUGAGCUGUGUGUUUGUAUGCAAUGUGUGUUGAGCACCAUUUGUGACGCUGGCACGGUCGGACGGCUUGGCCCUGAAGACUGGACGGUCCGGCUCGCGGACGGUCUGCGAAUAGAUCGAAUAAGACACAACUAAUUUCUUUUUCGUGCGAGUUUA